UUUAAAAUUUUAUUUUAUUUUUUCUGCAAUUGCUUUGCCAGUUUUGCUUGGAGCAUUGUAAGAUGGCUCUUUUGUGUGCUAAGAAAAUAUAAAAUGUUGGUUGAGUGGUUGAUUUCCUGUUUCGCCACUGCACUGAAAAUGGUUGCCUCUUCCUGUUGUUUGGGCAGGUGCACUUUUGUUUAAAAAGCCAAUCUUUAAUUCUGCACACCAUCCUCCUUCAAUCUGGAGCCAUGUUUGGAGUUUUAAACUGCAAAAAUUCUGGAGGUGGAUCACAUUUAGGUAGCUGGAGACCAUGCUUUUCCCUAUGACCUUACCCUGUGUUCCCCUUUAUUUUCCUGUAGUUUUUUUAUUUGUAACAGAAGUGUGAUAAACUAGCGCUAAAACAAAGACGCAUGCGCAGACUCACCCAUAGGUUGUAACUGCGCAGUGUCAGUUAAUGAGAUCAAACAAUUGAUCCUCAGCAAAUUAAACAGAGUGGCAGUUAUGUCUGUUCUUCAGAAUGUGCUUCAGAGUGCUUUUAUUUUUUUUGGCCUCUUUUGUAAGGCCUCUUGCAAUAAUGAGGCCUUAACUGUGACCCAGUCCCCUCCCAGUAUAACUGUGAAGGAGGGGGAGAAGGUUCACAUGCAAUGCUGCUGGGGGGGGACUCUGAAUAUGGAGCGUGUGCGAGUGAUAUGGAACAAGACUAACACAUCUAGUGUUAUAAUAAAUACUAUGCAUUACAAAGACAAUGCAACCUGUGAAAGAAAGGAUAAAUACAGUUCUUGUUUUUCUGGAAACUGUUCCAAGUUUAAUAUUUCAAGUGUAUCUACAAACAAUACAGGUGUAUACCUCUGUAAAAUCACUAUCGAAAUUCCCAUACAUAAAGAAGGCAAUGGGUCUGGAACUCAACUAACAGUGAAAAGGACACGUAAUCCAUCCACAAAGGAAGCUGGAGGCAGCGUGAAGAAAGCUGGAGACAAAGUGAAGGAAGCUGAAGACAAAGUGAAGGAAGAUGGAGGCAGUGUACAGGAAACUGGAGACAAAGUGCAGGAAGAUGGAGGCAGUGUACAGGAAGCUGGAGGCAAAGUGAAGGAAGCCGGAGGCAGCGUGGAUAAAGCUGGAGACGGCUUGGAGGAAGCUGUAAUUUUCAUCUUGCGAUGUCUGCCUUUUCUCACCCUCCUGAUGGCCGUGUUCUGCCUGUGCAGGACUGAGACGAAAGCUGCAGCUCCAGAGAACAAGGUUCAGGAAGGUUCUGUAAAAGAGGAUGAAGAGGAAGACGAAGCUCUGAAUGAGUCUUCCACUUUGCUCCUGGAAGCCGCAGCACCUGCAGAUGCUGAGGUGGCGGACGGAAGUAUUGGGGUUUCCUGCUCCGCUCCUUCCUCGGAUGUCCCAAACCAAGACUGA